CAUUCCUUUUAAACUCAUUCUUCUCACUGCCCAACAAUUUACGGUCAAAAUUUGCCAACACAUACUAUUUUGUACCUGUAAAUUGUAAAUUUUUCCAGGGAAUCGUGCAAAUAUUCAUUUAAAAUGCUACCGAAACUUAAAAUAUCAGCAUUUCUCUUAAAGCGUCUGGAGCGCAUCAAACAGCAGUGCAGUGGCUGUCUCUUUGGUGUGCUAUAUGGAGAAGGCACUUUGUUACUUAUGGGAUUUAAUGUUGAAUCCACCAUAGGACAUCUGAAUUACGAACAAAUUCAAUUCAAAUUCCCUGCAGAAUUAGACUUGUGCGGGUUGGUGAAAUUCGGCGACUGCACCGAUGCUGAGGCACAUUUAAAUGAAAUUUUAAAGGACGUAGAUAUUACGGAUAAUCCAAUACUAUUACAGUGCGAGUUGGGCACUCUAGUAGGAUUGCGUGCAUCUGUAUUUAUACAUAGUAAGUUGGAGGAGGUGCCUUAUGAAGUUAUGGAAGCGGAAGAAUUGUAUCGUGAUUUUUGCUUCACAAGACUGAAAUGUAGUCUUGAGCUCUAUACACAACAAACAGUCGAGGCGGUACGAAAAGAAAUGCAUGCGCUACGUAAAAUGCUCUCCGGCGGCAGUUUAGCUUUUUGUUUAGAAUCUACAAAAAUUUAUGUGACAAGCGCGGGUGCGCAAGGGCUGGGUAUUACAAAUGAAUCGUUAAUUAGCAAUGUUAUAAGUGCAGUCAGCAAAGCAAUUAGCAGUGCAGAUGAGAAUCGUGAGCAAGUCGAAAAAGGUGGCAAAAAGAAAGUGCAAAGUGCGAGUGUGUCAUUAGCGAAUGUAUUUGGAGCACUAGGGUGCGCUUAUGAAAUAUUACGAAUUAAUGUGCUACAGUGUAAAACACGCGAACGCAAUCCAUUAGAUAGUACGAGUGCAAAUAAUCAAGCGCCACCACCAGCGGUGGCGAUGUGUGUGAAGCGAGAAGAAGCAAAAGUAUGCAUGCCACUGGAGGUGGAUGCGAUGGCGAUGCUAUGCAAAAACACGAAAGUAAGUCGUUUGUACGACAUACUUAUCGAAAGUAUAUGUCGCUCAUUGCGGCUAUUCGAACAAAGCAUGGUCGAGCGUUUAGAGAAUACCACUGAAACACCACAAUUGCUUAGACCUGCAGGCUACCACUUCUUUCCUCAGGAAUUUGGACAUUUCUUGUCAUGCUCGUACUUGGACGGUGUAUCGGAUGAUGAAACUAGUGUACAGGAUAAACGUAAGAAAUUACAUCGGCAUUUUGGUUUACCCGUCAUACGACCGUAUUUUCGACGCGCCAAUCACUGUAUAUUCUAUGAUGAACUUAGUACACCCACACCACUGGUGAACACACAUGUGGGUUUGCGACCUAGUGGCAUUACAGACGGUAGACAAUAUCUUGUGCAGGGAAAUUAUCAUUACUACCAUUAUCUACAGCAGCAAAUGCAGGAUAAAGGUUGGGGUUGCGCGUAUCGUUCGUUGCAGACGAUUUGUUCAUGGUUUCUACUACAGGGUUACACCGAAAAACCAGUACCAACACAUCGCGAGAUACAGAAAUAUUUAGUAAAUAUUGGCGAUAAACAGCCCAAUUUCGUUGGUUCAACCCAAUGGAUCGGUUCGACGGAAGUUAGCAUGUGCCUUCAAGGAUUUCUGAACGUCGACUCCAGAAUACAACAUGUUACUUCAGGCGCCGAAAUCGCUAAUCUGGCUUCCGAUUUGGCCAUGCAUUUCCAAACACAAGGUACACCAAUUAUGAUCGGUGGUAGCGUGUUGGCACACACCAUCAUCGGCAUCGAUUACUGCCCGCAAACGGGGAAAGUGAAGUUUUUGAUACUGGAUCCACAUUAUACGGGCGCUGACGAUUUACAAACGAUACAGACGAAAGGUUGGUGUGGUUGGAAGGGUGGUGACUUCUGGGAUAAGAAGAGCUACUACAAUCUGUGUAUGCCACAGCGACCGAUUAUGUUUUAAAGACACCAGUGCGAUGAUUGCGUAUGUUUUCAAAAGUUAUUGUUUACUCAUUUUGUUUUUUUUACGCGUAAAGAUCCGUUUCCAGGUUUAGUUUGUUAACAUUUGCAUUAUUUUCACUUUUUUGUUUGCUAAUUUUUUGUGCAUGUAAAAUUAGCAAAUUGUAUGUUUGGUAAUAUGUACGUCUUAUUUUUUUAUACGUAAUAGAAAAAAUAUUCUAACAAGCCAGUACGCGCAGCAUUUGUAAUAUUAAGCACACAUGUACGUACUUUUAUUAAACAUUAUUUACUAUACAUACAAAUA